AUGGUUAUCGCUCCACUUGUUGGCAAGGAAAACACGAUAUCGCAGUUGUUACCUAUAUACAUGCAAUUACUGAAAGACAGCACGGCCGAAGUUCGACUAAAUAUCAUCAGCAGCCUUGACAAGAGCCUCUCAACUUCUCAACUGAAAGUUUAUAUGCGAAUACGAGGCUAUGUACAUAGAAACGGGGAUGGGUCAACACCGGUGAUGGAAAGGCAAGAGAUGAUCGUUGAGUUCAACAACGAUGAUGAUAUUUUUGUGUUUCUUUUGCCGAUUCGUGCAUGGCGACUUGGAAUAAAUUUGACUUCUGCAUACCACGUAAUUCUACAUACAUCGACUUCAAUCCAUAAAGCAGUCAGAAGGAGGGUGUUUGUGACCAAAUUUAUCAGUAAAGACACUGUGAAGGUUGAUAUUCACACCCUGGCACGAAAAAAGCUGUCACAAAGGGAAUCAAAGGCCAAAUCGAGGAGUGACGAAACAUCGCGUGGAUCGGGCUCUGUGGAGUGGAAAGAAGAGAAAAUUGACAACGAAACUUUGAAUUAG